AUGUGUUUCGAAACUAUUUAGCCAAAAGGUUAGUCUUGAGGUUUCCUCUUCAAGGCAAUGUAACGACGCUCUACCAGUGCUUCACUUUAAAAUAUGAACAAAAUGUUGCUUCCAUUGAUGAGACCUUGGGUUCUGCCGCUGAUGCUUCUAUCUGCAGCAGCGCCGAUGCGUUCGGCACCCCUCAUCCGAGCAGAGGGGAAAACGGUGCCCUGGGACUUGCUGCCAGAGAGCCGAGAGCUCCUGCCGGACAGCGAUUGGGGGUGGGUCCAGCCAGAAGCCCAGAAGUCAUACCCAUUCCAAUUCCCAUACCUUGAUUAUGUUGACAACGGAAGUCCUUUGCCAAAAACGAGGGCUGCGGAAAUGGCAAACGAAUUGGGCGAUGCGGCAAUGGCGGACUUUUUCCCGCCGUUUCCGGAGCUUCUGAGUCGACAAUGGCGCCAGCGCCAGGAAAACUAUAUCAAACAGUUGUUGGUGCAGCAGAAGUGGCAAUCUCCGCCAAAACCCAAGCCCAAGCGGUCGCCGAUCCAAUGGCCCUUCGACACGGGCAGUCGGGAGGAUGCGGAGCAGCCGCCGCCAGAUGAACCGCGCUAUCCGUACGCCUACUUCUGGCCCAACGGACAGCGGCCCGGGAAGCGCAAGAACCAUUUGCAGACGCAGUCUCUGCGGUACAUGCCCUCGAUCAGUGCUGGAGCCAUGACCAAUCUGGGCAACUUUUUCAACCAUCUUGAGGAAAACGUGCGCUUUGCGGAGCGGUCGCAUCUGGGCGAGUCGGAGGCACGCCUGCUGGAGGGCAAACAUCCCCAUCCGCUCCAAAUGAAAGCCACCCCAAACGCGACAGAGGACCCAGUGCAGCAGCAGGUUCAGGACCACAAGACCUCGAAGCUGCUGCACGCCAUACGCAAUUACCGACCCUCGCAGAAGAUCCGCUCGCUGGUGUCGCGCAAUCCGCAGGGCUAUCGCGGCUCGCAGCUCAUCGAUCCCAGCUACAUGUGGCUGGGACUGGGCAAAUAACAGUAAGCCCGUCGAUGGCCGACUCUUAUAGCCAUAUGACAUUAGACUUUGCCAACAAGAUAUCAAGACGCACAAUGAGUGUCUCCAUACAAGUUUCCCGUAAAAAACACUCAUACCAAACCCAAACACGGUCAAACGCAAUUCGAAUUUGGUUCGAGUGACCGAGUAUCUCUCCCUCAAACUGCCAAAAGGUAUUGUACUAAUUUCAACAGGUCUCUGCAUGCUUUUCUCCAUAAGACUAUGUCUGUUUUUGCGGUUACUUCAGUUGUCAAUGUCUAAUGUCAUAUGGCCAUUAACACCAUAAAAUGUGCAGCUGCGCUGCUUUUUCUUUGUAGGCCCCAAAUUAUUGUUUGUUUUUUAGUAUGUGUUAAAAAUAUAUUUAGAGGAAU